UAGUAGUAGACUGGGAGAGAAGAAUCCAGCCGUGCUUUCGGCGUCCCCAGCUCACACGCACGCAGAGACAAGAACACUGCCGCUGCCGCUGCACCAACCGAUCGCCAUCGAUCCCCUCCAGCCACCGGAAAGAAACAAAACAAAAGCUCCACAAUCGCCGGCGCUUUGUGCCGCAAGCCUUGUCCUUGCUUUCCGGCCACAGCACCGGCCAGCAAGCAAUCAAAUCCCCAUCGCCACCACCCUCCGGCCUGAUCGAUCAAACCUGCUCUGCUCUGCUCUGCUCCAAGAAAGAAACGGGAGGGGCGGCUCCAGGGGGGAGAGAAGGAUCGCCAUCUCGCCGCCGACGCAUGAUGCAUUCCGCCGCGGCGCUGUGAGCUCCUCCGGGGAGGGGGGAGAUGGCCUAGCCGCCGGAUGGGAGCGGCUGGAUCUCCAUUGGGUUGCAGCUGCGGUCGCCGACAGAGGAAAAUCAGGGUAACUGGCUGGUGUUAGAUUGUGGUUGGUUCUUGUUGCUGUCAUCCUUCUCUGCCUGUGGGAGCACAGAACAUCCUCUGCUGUUUAGUCUGUUGCCGUGAUGGCAACGACAUCACCGACCGAUGUUAAGCGCAAGUACUCAUGGUGGUGGGACAGUCAUAUCUGCCCAAAGAACUCCAAAUGGCUUCAGGAGAAUCUCGAAGACAUGGAUAGCAAAAUUAAGCUGAUGAUCAAAAUCAUUGAAGAAGAUGCGGAGUCUUUUGCAAAAAAGGCGGAAAUGUACUACCGAAGGCGACCUGAGUUAAUGGCCUUGCUUGAGGAGUUGUACCGUGCAUACCGAGCUCUAGCUGAAAGAUAUGAUCAUGCAGCCGGGGACCUCCGACAGGCCCAUAAAAAAAUAGCAGAAGCAUUCCCUGAUCAGGUUCUUAUGGACCCAGAUGAUGAUCUGCCAGCUGAAUCUGCAACAACUGAAACUGACCAGGACAAUGCAGAAAUGGCUCGAUAUUUCCUGUCUUUCAUGAAUUCUGGUGAUCCAAAAAUGCAUGGCAAAGAUGACCAAGACUACGAGAAGCUGCAGAAUGAACUAGCAAGCCUGACACAGGAAAACCAAGACCUGAAGAAGAGGAUCACAUCAGUGCUAGAACAGAGCAACUGUGCAGAGUCCGAGGUUCUUUGUCUCAAGGAGGCUCUUGCGCAGCAAGAGGCAGAGAAGGAAACUGCAGUUCUGCAAUGCCAACAAUCCUCUGCUAGAUUACAGAACCUCCGAUCUGAGAUAUUGCAUACCCAGGAACAGUUCAACAGACUGAAAGAGGAGAUGCAAACUGGGUUGCUGCCUUCAAGCACAGCGGACGAGGAGCGUUUCCAUGUGCUCGAAAGAGAUAACCAGGACUUGCAGUUGGAAGUAGAGAGGCUGAAACAUUUGCUGAAACAGAAGCAUGAUGAGCUAAAUGAGAAGCAAGAUGAGCUGGAAAAACUCAACAUCUCCACAGAAGAGGAGCAUCUCAAGUGCAUGCAAGCAGAAAUGGUGAGCCUCUCUUUGGAGAAGAAGCUGUUAAUAGCACAUGACAAACUGCGGCUUUUGGCUCUUGAGAAGCAGAGAGAAGAAAGCAAAGUGAAGGACAUUGAAACAAGCAAGAUUGUGCUUCAGAAAGAACUGGGCAGUAUUCUAGAAGAGAGCAAAAGGCUGGCUCUUGAGAAGCAGAGAGAAGAAAGCAAAGUGAAGGACAUGGAAACAAGCAAGAUUGUGCUUCAGAAAGAAUUGGACAGUAUUCUAGAAGAGAACAAGAAUCUGACUAGCCAAUAUCACUCUUCUUCAGCUGUGAUAAUUCGUCUGCAGGAUGAGAUCAUUUCCAUGAAGAAUGCGCAACAAAAACUUGAAGAAGAGAUUUGUAAACAUGUGGAUGAGAAGAAGACACUUCAAUACGAGCUUUCACACCUGAAGGAGGAUAGGAGUGAACUGGAGAGGAAACACUUCUCGAUCAAGGAGCAGAUACAGUCGGUGAACGUAAAUGUAGAAUCACUUCAAACUCUUGCACAUGAGUUAAGGGAUGGCAAUGUUGAGCUGAAAGACAUCAUCAAGAACCAUGAGAGAACAGAGGCUCUUCAUGCCGAAAACCUGAGGCAGUUGGAGAGGAUGUCUGAGAAGAAUGCACAUUUGGAGAAGUCCUUGGCAGCUUCAACUACUGAGCUAGAAGGGUUAAGAGAAAAGAAGGCGGUGUUGGAAGAAUCAUGCAAGGAACUCAAUUCCAAGAUAUGCAGUCAUCUGUCUGAGCGAGCUGCGCUUGUUGCGCAGCUUGAGGCAAUUUCUCAGACCAUGGAGGUGCUGCUCGAGAAGAACACCGUUUUGGAGAAUUCCUUAUCUGAUGCCAAUGCUGAACUGGAGGACUUGAGGAGGAAGUUGAAAGAGCUGGAAAAAUCUUCAGAGUCAGUCAACAGUCAGAAUUCAGUUCUUCAAUCUGAGAAGACAACUCUUGUUUUUCAGGUUGAUAGCAUCAGCAAUACUCUCGUGAGUUUACAAGCAGAAUACACAGAGCUAGAAAGACGACACUCAGCUCUACAACAGGAGAAAGACUCGGUGCUUGAUGAAGUGAUCAAGCUACAAGAGCAGAUAAGGCUCGAGAGGAAAGAACACCAAGAUCUUGCACUCUCAGCAAGCAAGACUCAGUUUGACCUACAGAACAAAAUUGACCUAUUGCUAGAGGAAGGCAGGAAUAGAGAGGAGCAGCUUCAAGAGGAGGAGAUGAAGAUUGUCAAAGCUCAGACAGAGAUCUUCAUCUUAAAAGAGUGUUUGGGCGACAUGGCUUCAGCAAAUUCAGACUACUUGGCAAAACUGCAAAAGAAGGAAGAAGCAUGCAAGGUUCAUGAGGAGAAAUUGGACUGCUUGUCACAGAAUAAUCAGAAGCUAACUGAAGGGAUCGGUUCAUUACGGAGUGUCUUACACUUGGAUGAGAAGUAUGAGUCCUUAGACCAAAUGAAGCUUGACAUCAUUUUGCAGCUCAUCUUGCAUGAGGUCAACUGCUUAAGGAGUACAAUAUCUGAUGCCCAGGAUGCGAGACAGAAAGAGCUUGUUGAGAAGUCUCUUGUUGUCACACUUCUGGAGCACUUUGGGCAGGAGGUAGCCGACCUGCGGUCGGAGCGCAACACCCUCAAGCAAGAUCAGCAAGCAAAGAGCGAGGAGUUGCUCCAGCUGCAGGCAGAAAGGCAGGAGCUUGCGGAGAUCAGCGAUGAGUUCUGGGAAGAGAUGGAGUCUCGUAACCAGAGAGUUGAUGACUUGAGAGCCGAGGCAAAGUUCUUGGUUGGACAGUUGUCAGAACUUCAAGAUUCUCGGAGGUCACUGCAGAGUGAGAUUAUAAAGCUGAUUCAACAAAACUCUUUGCUGGCAAAUGAGCUACAUGACUCCAGGGAGAAAGAGAUGAUCUUUGAAGAUGAUUUCAGCGUUCUCAUGAGCGAAGCCGUCAGCAAAGAUAUCCUUCUUGUGAUAUUUAGAAGCCUUCAUGAAGACAGGUCCCUGGAGUUGAAGUCUUUGCAUGAUGAUUUUGUGUGCCUACAAGCUGUAGGAAGCGAGCUUUGCAAGGACAUCAGGAUGAUGAACAAGAAGCUUGGUGAUUUUGAAUUCCUGGACAACCACCUCGGCAAAGAUACAACCAUGAGCAUUUGUGACCGGUCUAGUGAAGAAAAUAAUCACAAAGAAGUUGACGGCGCUGGCCUUCAAGAAUCAAAUGAAAUGCUACUGGAGGAGAUACUCAAGUUACAUGGAAAUGUGGAAAUGCUUAUGAGCAAGGAGAAGGCUUCUGUCGACAUCAGAUCCUGCAAUGAAGAGAUCACAAAAUUGGUAUCCCACAUGCACAUGGCCAUCAUGAAUGCAGCUCUGUUCAAGGAGAAGAUCAUUGAGCUCAUCGUAACAUGUGAGAGCUAUGAGAUAAGUGCCAUGGUGCAGAAGGAGGUGCUCAAGGAAGAUAUCACCCGAAGGAAUUCGUAUGUGGACGAGCUGAAAGACAAACUAAAUGCUGUAGAGAUUGAGAACAGAAGACUGAAGGUCGAUCUGAAUGGUGACGUCACGAUGUUAGGAUCAUUGCAGAGCGAAGUCAGUGCCCUGGAGAAACAAACCGUGUCCCUUGCUAAUGAUUUCUUGCAAUCAAAUAAACUCAAAGUGGAGGAAAAUGCAUCAUCUCCUCAGCCUCUGGAAACCAUAGCGGGAUCCAGUGAUCAGAAUGCAAAUGAAACAGUAAAAGAAAUGGAGCUGCAAAAAUUGCGUGGAACAAUCAAAAGGCUCCAGAAUGUGGUCGCGGAUGCGGGUGUCCUUCUCGAGCAAGAGAGGCUUGGUUUCAAUGCCAAUCUGCAAGAAGCGAGGAAGCAGAUCGAGGCGCUGAAGCUCAAGGAGAUCUUGGAUGAUGACUUGGUUGAAAUGAACUACGAGCAAAUGUUGAAAGACAUACAGCUUGAUCUCAUCCAACCUUCUUCAGGCCGUCGAACCGAGGCCCUUGGCCAGCAAAAGAAAAUAGCAGCACAAGCAGAUCACAAGGUUCAUGACCUUGCUGGACCAAGCAAUAGCCAUGCGCGCGAUGAUUUGGGACCACCGCAGAGUGAGUCAUUUGACAGUGGCAGCAGCAGACAGUCUCCUGCUGAGCUAGUGGCGGUGAAAGAGCUGAGCAUUGUGAACCAAGAGCUACCAAGGUCCAUCACCACGGAGCCACACCAGGAGUGGAAGAACAAGGUCAUUCAAAGGCUAUCUUCUGACGGGAAGAGGCUCAGCACCCUCCAGUCCAGCAUUCAAGAACUCAAAACGAACACCGAGGCAUCGGAAGAGCUCGAGCUCGAGAACGUCAGAUACCAAAUAAGGGAAGCUGAGAGCACCAUCAUCGAGCUGAUUGACACCAACAGUAAACUUGCCAAGAAGGCCGAAGAGUUCACGUCGGCCGACGGCCUUGAUGGGGACAACAUUGACCUGAGGAGCAGGCACCAGCGCAAGAUCCUGGAGCGUGCAAGGAAGAUGUCAGAGAAGAUUGGGAGGCUGGAGGUGGAAAUGCAGAAGGUCCAGCAGGCUCUGGUGAAGUAUGAAGAGGAGCAGACGAGCGCCGCGACAUCGAAAACCGUGGUUCAGCGGUCGAAGGUGCAGCUGGUGGACUAUCUCUACGGUCGAAGGCGGGAAAGUCGGAAGCCGCGAUGCUCGCCUUGCGGUUGCAUGAGAGCGAAAACCAUCGAUGACUAACUCUGCCUUCGUUCGCGCCGCUCCUUUUUUGAAGGCGAAAUGUGGAAGGCUGGUUUUCAGUUUCAGAUGGAGCGACUCAUUAGUUCAUGUUUUCUAGGUAAAUACAGGGGGAAAAAGUGGUAUGUAAGGAUUGUAAAUGGUAGCUAUUGACUGUAAGCGUCUGCUAUAAACUUACUGCCGGGCUUGUAAAAUUAUGGCUAACAUUUGUUGCGUGUAGCUGCGCACCGUCCGUGCAUCGUCCAGACCGAAUAUUGCAGUGGAAAUUGUUUGUAAACAAGAGAGGGCAUAGAAAUAAGCAGCCGGAGAGCAUUUUCGUGUGGUAUUCUGUA